AUGGUUCGGACCGCCAUGUUCAUGUCGCUUCUUGCGACUGCGGCCACAGCUCUGGCUGCCGCAGCCCGAGUUCCGGGAGGUUAUAUCGUGGAGCUCGAAGACGGCCAUGAUGCCUCAGCCGUUGUCGGCGCUCUCAAUGGUGAAGUUACCACCCGUAUGAAGCUCGACUACAAGCUCUUCAAGGGUGUAUCUAUUCAGCUACACGAUGUUAAAAAUGCCGAGAAGAAGGCACAAAAGAUUGCACAGAUGCCAGCAGUCAAGCACAUCUGGCCAAUUGACCUCUUUGGUGUACCCGACGCCAAUGUGAGAGUAGUCGGAACACCAGCACCUGGCAAAGUCUCAGCACGAGACCACAAAACCGCUGACACCUUCUCACCUCACAUCAUGACUCAGGUCGACAAGCUCAGAGCCAAGGGCAUUACUGGAAAGGGUGUACGAGUAGCCAUUAUCGACACAGGUAUUGACUACACGCACCCUGCUCUGGGCAACAACUGCUUUGGAAAGGGCUGCUUGGUCUCAUUUGGUACCGAUCUUGUCGGUGAUGAUUACACGGGCUACAAUACCCCGGUUCCUGACAAUGACCCCAUGGAUUGCCAAGGUCAUGGAUCGCACGUUGCUGGCAUUGUCGCCGCCCAGCCAAAUGUGCAUGGCUUUACUGGUGCAGCGCCCAGUGUUACACUCGGAGCGUACCGCGUGUUUGGAUGCGAUGGCCUGGCUGGCACUGAUAUUCUUAUCUCUGCCUUUAACAAAGCCUUCGAGGAUGGUGCCCAGAUUAUCAGCGCUUCUAUUGUUGGAGCUCGGGGCUGGACCGAAGAACCAUGGGCCGUCGCCGUUUCCCGAAUUGUCGAGCAAGGUGUGCCCUGCACCAUCUCAGCUGGCAAUGAUGGCGACCAUGGCUUGUUUUAUAUCAGUACCGCAGCCAACGGCAAGAAGGUCACCGCCGUAGCGUCAUAUGACAACGUCCUCACGCCGUCUGUGCAGUUUCAAGCCAGUUUCAGUGUCGAUGGCGCAAAGAAGACUGAUUUCCUCUACGUGCCGGGCACACCAGCACUUGCCAGCGUCUCAAUGCCUCUCUAUGCCACGAGCUUUGAUACCACAAUCGCCAAUGACGCUUGCACUCCACUUCCCGCGAAUACACCCGAUCUUAGCAAAUAUAUUGUGCUUGUUCGACGUGGUACAUGCCUCUUCGCCGACAAGGCCGUCAACUUGGCUGCCAAGGGCGCCAAGUAUAUGAUGGUUUACAACAAUGUUGCUGGCGAUUUCGCCCCAACACUCGGAGAUUCUGCUUCCCUCAUGAAAGGUGCUGGCAUGGUGACCCCCGAGACGGGUGCUGCUUGGGUCAACAGCCUCAAGGCCGGAUCUACAGUCACCUUGGACAUCACCUCCUUUAGCAAGGCCGCCUCCGUAGUCGGCCAAGUCAACAACACUCUCACUGGAGGAUCGAUCAGUCUCUUUUCCUCUUGGGGCCCAACCUGGGAGAUGGACUUCAAACCCCAAAUCGGAGCUCCAGGAGGCAAUAUCCUGUCGACAUACCCAGUCGCCAAGGGCAGCUACGCCGUCUUGUCCGGCACUUCCAUGUCGUGCCCCAUCACAGCCGCCAUCAUCGCCUUGGUUUCCCAAGUGCGAGGCACGCGCAAUCCCGAACUAAUCAACAACCUUCUCUCUGCCACCGCCAACCCCCAGCUCUUCAACGACGGCAAGCAGUUCUCCAACAAAUUCGCACCGGCUGCCCAACAGGGCGGCGGCAUGGUGCAGGCAUACGAUGCCGCAUACACCACCUCCUUACUAUCCCCAUCCAGCUUGUCCUUCAACGACACAGACCAUUUAGCCCGCGAGCUCAACUUUACCAUCUCCAAUACUGGCAAAAGUUCUGUCACAUACAAGCUCAACCAAGUCGCAUCCUUGACCAUGUACACUCUUCAAAAAGGGUCCAUAUACCCCAUGGCUUUCCCCAACGACGCAGUCGACUCGUAUGCCAGUCUCAAAUUCUCCCAGGAUAGCGUUACCGUCGCCCCCGGAAAACAAGUCGUUGUUGAAGUUAUGCCCACCCCACCGUCUGGCCUUGACGCCUCUCGCCUCCCCCUCUGGUCCGGAUACAUCACUGUCAACGGCACAGACGGCUCGUCCCUCUCCAUGCCGUACCAGGGUCUCACAGGCUCUCUUGGUAAAGCCACUGUCCUUGCCUCCGAUCAAUCUUGGAUUUUCAACUCCAACGACUCCAAGAACUACGUCAAGGUUCCUAACAACACUACAUUCAAUCUCCCACCCCCCGGAAAAGCAGGUAGCCAGGAUGUCCUGCCAGCAGUGUACAUUGGCCUCGCUCUUGGAUCUUCACAGAUUCGAGUCGAUAUCAUCCCCAUGACGACUUGUCCGCCCAAGAAUCUCACCACUGAGGUGAUGGGUGUGAAGUCCAUUGGCCAACCUUUUGGGUUCCCUAGCUAUUGGAAUUCCAGGGGGAUUAGUUGGUGGUCCUGGGAUGGUAAGCUUGAUUCGGAGAAGUAUGCCCCCGCUGGGAAGUACAAGUUUGUUAUGAGGGCGCUGAGAAUAUACGGCGAUGCUAAGAAGAAGGAGGAUUGGGAUGUGGCUUCGACGCAGUCCUUUUAUAUCAAGUAUAACAAGUGA